AUGGCACGAGUGCGCUGUGCGGGGAUUGAGGCGCGCGCAGUGACAGGAGCAGCUCACACACGCGCGCACAUACUGUACACACACAGAGGUGUUGAUGUGUGCUGGACGCUGUCCACUAGAUCGAGUCCAUGCUGACGCUCGGCUGGUCACUCCCAGUUUUGUGGUAAAGGUGUGGUUGUCAUGGUAACCAUGCCUGUCAUGCCCGUCGGCUCCCCCGGACCGUUCCUCGUCCUUUUCUCCCUCGCCCUCUAUCCGCUCCUUUCGUCCCAGCAUUCCCUGACCUCUGACCCCGACCGUGUCACGUCUCAUGCUCGGCAGUGCGGCAGGAAACUCCAUCCUGUCACGUCCUAUGAAGGUCUCAGUGUGUGGCUCUCGUCUUUCUCUAUGCCUGGAGUGAGUGAUUACUCUCAGCUCGCUUUAGACCUCAGCAGGAACCAGUUGAUAGUCGGGGCCAGGAACUACCUGUUCAGACUGAGUCUGGCUAAUGUUUCUCUACUUCAGGGCAUAGAGUGUGGAGUGGAUGAAGACACACGCAGAUCUUGUCGGAGCAAAGGGAAGACGGAGGACGAGUGUCAGAACUACAUGCGCGUCCUCCUCCUGAGCGGUUCCCGUAUCUUCUCCUGUGGCACUAACGCGUUCUCACCUGUCUGCACCGCACGCUCUGCCACCGAUCUCGCACACGUGAUCGAGACGGUGAACGGGGUCGCCCGCUGUCCUUAUGACCCCAAACACAACUCCACCGCCAUGGUAACGGAAAGCGGUGACCUUUAUGCCGCCACAGUCAUUGACUUUUCUGGCCGUGACCCAGUGAUUUACCGCAGCCUGGGGAACAUGCCUCCUCUUCGCACAGCUCAGUACAACUCCAAAUGGCUGAACGAGCCCCAGUUUGUAUCAGCUUACGAGGUUGGUCGCUUCACCUACUUCUUCCUGCGGGAGGUGGCGGUAGAGGAGGAUUGUGGGAAGGCGGUGUUCUCUCGUGUGGCGCGGGUGUGUCAGAACGAUGUAGGCGGCCGGUUUCUCCUUGAAGACACAUGGACGACGUUCAUGAAGGCCAGAUUGAACUGCUCACGCUCAGGAGAUGUGCCUUUCUACUACCAUGAGCUCCACAGCACCUUCUACCUGCCCGAGCAGGACCUCAUCUAUGGUGUCUUCACCACCAACAUUAACAGCAUUGCUGCUUCUGCAGUGUGUGCCUUCAACCUCAGUGCCAUCACGCAGGCCUUCAGUGGUCCAUUCCGCUACCAGGAGAACCCUCGGAUGAGCUGGCUGUCCACCCCAAACCCCAUUCCCAACUUUCAGUGUGGGACAGUAGGUGACAACAGCCCCGGUGGGAAUCUAACAGAACGAAGUCUGCAGGAUGCUCAGAGACUGUUUUUGAUGAGUGAAGUUGUACAGCCUGUAUCCGUUGACCCCUUGAUCAGCCAGGAUAAUAUCCGCUUUUCCAAACUGGUUGUGGACAUCGUGCAGGGCCGGGACACGUUAUACCACGUCAUUUACAUCGGCACAGAACAUGGCACCAUUAUCAAGGCGCUGUCCACAUCCAGCCAAAAUCUGCACGGAUGUUAUCUCGAGGAGAUGAAGCUCCUUCCAGCAGAUCAGCAGGAACCAAUCCUUAACCUGCAGAUCCUGCAGAGCGACAGGUCCCUGUUUGUGGGUUUGAGCAGUAGAGUUUUGAAGAUCCCACUGGAGAGAUGUUCCAGCUAUGAAUCUCAACGGGAAUGUUUGUAUGCGAGGGAUCCAUACUGUGGUUGGGACAGAAAACAGAGACGUUGUACUACGAUCGAAGCCAGCUCCAACAUGAGCCAGUGGAGCCAAAACAUCACACAGUGUCCUGAGCAGAAUCUGACCCGAGAUGGCGGCUUCAGCUCCUGGUCUCCGUGGCGGUCUUGUACCCAUGAUGAUGGAGGUGAAACUUCAAGCACCUGCCUGUGUCGCUCUCGUGCGUGUGACCACCCAGUUCCUCAGUGUGGGGGAGCGGAGUGUGUGGGACACAUGAUGGAGGUGACCAACUGCUCCAGAAGUGGAGGUUGGACUCCCUGGUCCUCCUGGUCUCCGUGCAGCACCAGCUGUGGUGUCGGGUUUGAGGUCCGUCAGCGUUCAUGCAGUAACCCCACCCCUCGACACGGAGGGAGAGUGUGUGUGGGCCAGACACGAGAGGAGCGGUUGUGUAACGAGGACUCUGUCUGUCCUGUGCCUGUGUCCUGGGCCCAGUGGACCUCCUGGUCUACAUGCACAGCGGCGUGUGGCGGCGGUUAUCAGUCCCGUGUCCGAACCUGUGAGAAUGGAGUCUCCUGCCCUGGGUGUCCACAGGAGUACAGGACGUGCAAUCUGGAGGCAUGUCCUGAGGUACGUCGAUACACACCCUGGUCUCCCUGGUACCCCAUGAACGUGACAGUGGGCGGAGUCAGACAGGAGCAGCGCGUGAGACACACCUGUCGAGCGCCGCUGGCUGACACACACCUCCUCCAGCUGGGCAAACGCAAAGUGGAGACGCGUCACUGCCCAAAUGCUGGCGGAGCGCCAGGGUGUGAGACUGACGAUCUAGUCCAAGACUUAGUGAGCAUGGCACAACCUUCGACCCCCGUUCAGGGCGUGACCUGGUUGUCCUGGGAGACGUGGUCUUCCUGUUCCAAGGAGUGCUCCAGAGGCUUUCGAACACGUAAGCGCUUGUGCGUGAGUCCUGAUGGAAAAAGUCCUGCGUUCCCGUGCAGUGGAACACCGGUGGAGUACCAGGACUGUAACACACAGCCGUGCCCAGUGAAGGGGGCGUGGUCAUGCUGGUCUUCCUGGUCGGAAUGUUCCACUUCCUGUGGAGGCGGGCAUUACCAACGCACUCGCACCUGUUCAAACCCCGCCCCGGCCCACUCAGGGGACAUCUGCGUCGGCCUGCACACUGAGGAGGCUCUGUGCAACCUGCAUGAGUGUGAUGGUGGAUGGGGGAUGUGGUCCGAAUGGGACGAGUGUGAGGACGGGUUUCAGUACCGCACUCGAGUGUGUGAGAUAAGCCCCGCCCCCUGUAAGGGAAACCACACUGAUCAGAGGGCGUGUCCUCCAAAAGACAGUGCAGUCGGCUCUCCAGGAGGGAAGAAAGGCUUAAACUGUGGAGGUUUCUCGUUGUUUCACCUGAUCCUGACAGGCGCGGUCUCCUUCCUGGUAGCGUUGCUGGGAUCUGUUCUUGUCUACGUGUUUUUUCAGAAGGUCUACAAACCCAUCCAGGAGCCUGCAGUGAUCCAUCCCAACACCCCCAACCACCUCCAUCACAAACACAACACCAGCACGCCGAAGAACGAGAAGUAUACUCCCAUGGAGUUUAAGACACUGAACAAGAACAACUUGCUGCCAGAUGAGAGCUGUAACUUCUACCCUCCUCCUCCGCCCCAGACGAACGUCUACACCACUACAUACUACGCUCCUCCCCUGGGAAAAUACGACUUCCCGUCUUUGGACUCUCCCUGCAGGAACUACAUGCACAGCUGAAUUCCAGACUCGAACCUUCCGAACUGUGUGCUAUCUCAUGUGCAGCGAUGCAGCAUGAACCUCUAGAGUGUGUGGAUGUUCAACAAGAGCUCAGCACAAUCUUGGUCUUAAAAAUCGUUGGAAAAGAAAACAAGGGAAUAAAUAAAAAACGGAUAUGUACUGGGUGCUUUACAUUGUUUUGGACGUCUAGGGCAAAAAGUUGAUGGAAGGCCGGUGGUCCAAAAGGCACGAACACACCACUACGCGACCAAAAUAUGGAAACUUGUCCACAUGCAACUAAACCAGGACACCUUUGUGCAGGAUCCACCGAUCUGUGAGUCUUCCACAAUGACAAAGACCUUGUGAUGGAAAGCAGAAACACUGUAUGACUUUGGAUCUGGCAUGGUGUUCACAUCAGACUUUAAUAACUUACCAUCCUUUUAUCCUUUCAGCGACAGAAUCUGAUCCAUUUAUGCUUUGACUGUGCAAUCGCAUCACAUUUAAUACAAGAAUUCAUGAAGAUGCCACGCUGAAAAUGGCACCUGAAUACUUUUAUAAACAAUCUCACCGACUACCUACAUAAACUUGAAUACCACUGGGGACUAAUGUAGCUUUUAUUGCUAAAAGGAGCCUCAGCCUGGAUGUACGGUUUACGGUUCACACACACACAGCUGUUUUUUUUUUGUUUGUUUAUGUUUUUUAAACCAAACCAGUGUUGUUAACUUACACCAUACAUUCUACUUAAGAUGCAACUUAGCGUUAAACGCAUCCACUUACACACAUUCCAAAAACUAUCGUAUGGUAUAUUACGUGUGUAUAAAAAAUGAUAAGUGUGUAUA